UUUCUUUUUGGACCUGAAAUUAGUAAUGAUACAUUAAAAGGAUGUGAAUAUACAUCUAAAUUAUCUUUCUCAAAAAAUGCUUACUGGCUGAUAAAUGGCACGACAAGAAUGAAUGCAAACAUCACUGCAGUUGCUUCAGCUACAAAUAGGUUUAAAUUUUCAUCAUGGUCUUUAAAGAAUAUCGCUCGUGGAGUUUCGUAUCAGUGUGUUGUGUACGAUCCAUCAAGAAUGAAGCACGAAUUAAGAAGUGAAGCUGUAUUUUUCAAGAAAGGUAUGAUAUUACAUUUUGUUCGUGUGUGGUUCAAUUUUUGGCAUAUCAUCAAUACCCGGUAUAUUAAUUUUGUGACUCUUCAUCAGUAUUAGUUAGCUCUAAGACAUGGCACACAAUUAGAUAUUUUCCUAAUCCUCGGUUCUAAUCUAUUCAGGUAAGAUCUUUUCCGCCCCGGCUGGAUGCGUUAAAAAUUUUUUUUACAAAUAUUGACCUCAGAAAAAUAAAGAAUUACACUUUUUUAGAAAUCAAGGCAGCGUUUAAAAGAGGACCUAUAUUAAAUGGAUCUACAAUGAGAGGGUGUGAAUAUACCGCAACAAUGUCGCUUCUUUCUUAUACAUUCUGGCUGAUCAAUGGAACAAAUAAAGUUAAUGGAACUGUAGAAGAAUCAACAAAUAAAAACCUUAACAAUUCAUUCUCGUUUCCCAAACUAAUAAUGGACAGAUUUGUUCCUAGCACAUAUUACCAAUGUGGAAUUCAUUAUCCUGAUCGUAUGUCAAAGCAGUUGUUAAGCGAAAAAGUUUACACAGAUAUUGAUGUUAGAUUCGUUGAAGGUCCGAAACUUGUAAAUACGCAGUUACAUGGGUGUUCAUAUAACUCAUCCAUACCUCUCAAUGCAUAUCUUUACUGGCUGGUAAAUGGAACGAUCAAGGAAAAAGGAACACAUUCUAUCUCCUCUAUCUCAACACAGAGUGAAUCUAAUGAGUACAAAUUUUCACAGCUCGAUAUUAUUAACCAUUCACCUGGAAGUUUUUAUCAGUGUGUGAUAUUUUAUCCAAGCAGAAUGGCACAUAUGAUUGUCAGUGAAAGAAUAUACCCUGAUAUCCAAGAUAUUAAUCCCAUCUUUAUAAACCAGCCGAGUUUAAACGGUACCAUACUACAAGGAUGCGAUUACAAAGCUAAUAUCUCUCUUCACAAAUAUGCGUACUGGCUGAUAAAUGGAACUAAAAAAGUAAAUGGAAUCUCCGUGAACGAAACCUCUUUUAGCGAAGUACAUGACUUCCCUGAUUUGCAAAUCUUACAUUAUGAUGCAACAAAUUUCUAUCAGUGUGUUUUAUAUUACCCAAAUCGCAUGAAGAAAAUAGUAAAAAGUUUGGUUAUCACACCAGAUAUAAGAGAUAUCAAUCCUACAUUUAUAACACAACCGUAUCUAAAUGGAAGCAUUUUAUCUGGCUGUAGCUACAAAUCUGACAUAUCAUUGCAUGAAUAUACUUUUUGGUUAAUAAAUGAUUCAGAGGUAUUUCAAACAACUACAUCAGACCCAAUGUCUACAACAGAAAAAGAUCUGUAUAAUUUUCCUGAGUAUGUUAUCCGUGAGUUUAAGCCAAACACGUUUUAUCAAUGUGGUGUAUAUUACUCAAAAAGAAUGAAAGGCAUCGAAUUAAGUGACAAGAUAUAUACAGGUAAUUAUUAUAACCAGUUAAUAACAACAAAUGCAUUUUAUAUAAAUCAGUAUCUGGAUUCUAGAUAUGAAAAGGAAAACUUAAUUGAGAAAAUCACAAUUUAG